GCUGGGGUGGGGGAGGAAGGGGCCGACUUCUCACUGCCCAGGUCAAGUCACUUAGUCUGCUGAUAUUUUCUGUGACCACCCACAGUCUUCACAUGAAAUCCAAACUGUUCCUCAGAUAGGAGGCUGGCUGCCUGUGCUCUGAGAUCUGUGUGAGGGGCCCGUGAUGUCAGCCAUUGCAUUUCAGUUUCUUCCAGUAACAUCUCCAGCCUUGUGACAUAUUCCCCCAGGGCCUCCAGAGGACUGAUAAUCGUGAUGUUAAAUUAACCUCUUGCACAGGGCUUGUCUUCAUUGUGUUGAGCUAUACCAGACAACGAGGUUUCUCUUUAAAAACAGAACUGCACGUGUGUAUUUGUAUUCUAUUUUGUAUGUGUGUUUCUGUUGUUUUAACUACAAAAACAGUCAAAUAUUGAAGUAAUCAAAAGGUUUCUCUGAAAGCAUCAUGAAGUCACGGGAAGAGGGAGGGCAUCCCAGGGACAAUCCAUGUGUGUACUCUACAGGCUGUGAGGUCGCUGCCUGGGCACCUGGGAGGCUGAGCCCAGGGCUCUGUCUUUUUCUCUCCCUGUGCGUGUGCAGCCUGUUCAGGUGUGGGAGCUCUGUGCGGUGGUGGUGAGUUCCCUUUCUCCUUGGGAGCACACAGCAGCUGAGGCAGCCUUAGAGAGGAUGGGCUGUGUGAGCUGUUUUCAAGUGUGUGAGGCCUCUUCUGAGAGCCCGGGGUGGGUUAGAGCCCAUUUUGGUUUUGUUUACACAUGCCUGUACUUUAAUUUUUCUCCUACAUUCUCUGGCUGGGACCAUGGAAGAGGAUUGAAUCUCAUCACCCCUUCCCUCAGCUCGGUUCUUGGAACAAGUUAAACACGAGUGUCAUUUCUACAACGGGACGCAGCAUAUGUGGUAUCUGGAGAGACGCGUCCACAACCAGGAGGAGUACGCGCGCUUCGACAGCGACGUGGGCGAGUACAUCGCGGUGACCGAGCUGGGGCGGCCGGACGCCGAGUACUGGAACAGCCAGAAGGAUCUCCUGGAGGACAGGAGGGCCGCGGUGGACACUUUCUGCAGACACAACUACGGGGUCGCGGAGAACUUCACUGUGCAGCGGAGAGUUGAGCCCAAGGUGACUGUGCACCCGACAAAGACGCGGCCCCUGGACCACCACAACCUCCUGGUCUGCUCUGUGAGCGGCUUCUACCCCGGACACAUUGAAGUCAGAUGGUUCCGGAAUGGCCAGGAGGAGAAGGUUGGGGUUGUGUCCACGGGCCUGAUCCAGAAUGGAGACUGGACCUUCCAGACCCUGGUGAUGCUGGAGAUGGUUCCUCAGAGUGGAGAGGUUUACACCUGCCAGGUGGAGCAUCCCAGUCUGACCCGCCCUGUCACAGUGGAGUGGAGGGCACAGUCUACAUCUGCACAGAGCAAGAUGCUGAGUGGAGUCGGGGGCUUCGUGCUGGGUCUGUUCUUCCUCGGGCUGGGGCUGUUCAUCUACUUCAGGAAUCAGAAAGGACAGUCUGGACUUCAGCCGACAGGACUCCUGAGCUGAGGAGAGGUGCCAAGGCUGGAGGAAGGUGCUCCCCUGUCUCCAUGGCAUGAAAACGUGUCCUGUCUGGUUCGCAUUCCUCCAUUGACAGUGCUACCCAGGACCAGGCUCCUCCUGACCCUGGACCCUACAGACCUGUGCUCCCUGAUGGCUUGCUCAGCCCCUGCCUGGGCCUGCUGCCCCAGGACAGAAGUCCUCUCACCUCCUUUGUCCCACUCUCUUUUGUCCCCCACCCUUUGUCUGGAGCUUCUCAGCCAGCUGAUGUCAUGAUGCUUUCUCACAUUUUUCUCAAAUAAACAAAGAGUGAAAAUCA